AUGCCGUCGCCGCCCCUGGAAGAAUUCCACAUUGGUUGGAUUUGUGCCUUGCCAAUCGAGGUCGCUGCAGCCAAAGAGAUUCUGGAUGAAAACUUCGGCAUUCUAGAAGAGCAAGAUAGCUCAGAUACAAACUCAUACACUUUGGGGCGAAUUGGCAAACACAAUGUCGUUAUUGCCAGCCUGGGACAGUAUGGCGUCGUUUCGGGAGCAACUGUGGCCGUCAAUAUGAUGCGAACAUUCUCUCGGUCAUUGCGCAUUGGAUUGAUGGUUGGCGUUGGAGCAGGCAUCCCCUCCAUCAGCCAUGACAUACGAUUGGGAGACGUAGUCGUCAGCUACCCGGAUAAAACUUGUGGAGGCGUGCUUCAAUAUGACACUGGGAAAAUUGUCGACGACGGCAAGCUUCUGCGAACUGGCUCUUUGAAUAGCCCGCCGCGAUCUCUGUUGACGGCUGUUACGAACAUGAGGGCUGCUGCGUUGACGGAUAAUCCAAGCUACCCACAGCACAUCGAGAAAGCGAUCCAGCGGAAUGGACGGACGUUGAGGACCUUUGGUCGGCCAGAUGCAUCUACAGACCGACUGUUCCAGAUGGGAUAUGCUCACCCUGCGCCAGAAGCAACAUUAACCUGUGAGGCGUGCCCAAAGGAAUGGGAAGAGACACGAAAGGCACGAGAAGAAUUGGAUCCUCAAAUACACUACGGCAUUAUCGCAUCGGGAAAUGCGGUAGUAAAACAUGCCGCGUCAAGACAGAGACUUCGUCAAGAAACAGGGGCAUUAUGUUGUGAGAUGGAAGCCGCGGGUCUGAUGCAAGAUUUUCCUUGCAUAGUCAUCCGAGGGAUCUGUGACUAUGCUGACUCCCAUAAAAAUAAGCAGUGGCAAGGAUACGCAGCGUUGGUGGCGGCCUCGUAUGCCAAAGAGUUACUCUCCUAUGUGCCUGCCGCUGCGGUACGCCGUGAGAACUUGGCUGCAGAGAAAUGCAACGAAAUCAUCGACGAGCUUAAAGAAGUUAAUAAGAGUCUUGGAAUCGCUGCGCUCCAACAGUAUGGAUAUCACCGCGAAAACAUGGUACUGGCCUUGAGUAAGGAACAGCAGGAGUGUCACCGCGCAUUCAAAACAUCCACAUAUGAGCAGUACAAAAACAUCAAUCCCAAUCGCGCAGAAGGGACGUGUCGAUGGAUCCUUGAGAGCAGUCAAUACCGUUCUUGGCUGGAAAGCAGCAGCCACGACCUUCUAUGGAUAUCGGCUGACCCGGGAUGCGGCAAAUCAGUGCUUGCAAAGUCCCUCGUCGAUGAGGACCUCAUGGCAUCAACCCCUGCUCCAGUUUCAGUCUGCUACUUUUUCUUCAAAGAUAAUGAUGAGCAGAAUAAUCUUGCAAUAGCCCUCUGUGCCAUACUUCAUCAAUUAUUUGGGAUACAGCCGGAUUUGCUACGUCAUGCAUUACCGUCUUGGCGAAAGAACAGUACAAGAAUACAGAAGGAGGUUAGCGAACUGUGGCGAAUUCUUGAAGCCAUAAUAGCGGACGCAGCAUUUCCUGAUACAGUUUGUGUCCUGGACGCAUUGGAUGAAUGCCGACCUAGUGAUCGAAUCCAGCUAAUACGGAAGCUUGAGUCGUUUUACUCUCAAAGUCGUUUGAUGAGUAGACAAAACUGGUUCAAGUUUCUUAUUACUUGUCGACCGUAUAACGAGAUUCAAGAGGGAUUCCGCGCAGUCACACAAUUAUGUCCCCAUAUUCACAUCCGUGGGGAAGCAGAAAAUGACCAAAUCCACGAAGAAAUCAGCCUGGUCGUGAAAAUUCAGGUGGCAGAGCUCAGCGAGAGCCUUCGUCUACCAUUCAACAUCCAAAAACGGCUAGAAGAGCAGCUUCUACUAAUGGAACAUCGUACCUAUCUGUGGCUGUACUUGGCUAUGGACGAUAUCCGCACAGUUUUUCGACACAGCCUUCAGCCCGAGGAGGAAUCGAUUCAGCUGAUCCCCAAUUCUGUGAGCGCCGCAUAUGCCAAAAUCUUGCGUCGGGUACCAUUGGAUAAAGUUUCGGAUGUAAGAACAAUCCUCCAAAUUAUAGUUGCAGCUCGUCGGCCCUUGACAAUCCGGGAAAUGGCCAUGGCCCUUGGAAUAGCGAAAAUGUCUAGUUCUCAGUGCUCUCAAUCUCCGUCCAGGGUUGGACUAAAUCUCGAUGGAUUGGACGAGAAGAUUCGUCAAUUAUGUGGGCUUUUUGUUUUCAUUAAUAAUUCGAAAAUCUAUCUAAUUCACCAGACGGCACGAGAAUUUCUGACUGACAUCGCCUCGAGGAGUGACGACCUAGAUUGGUCGUUCAAGCGCAGCGAAACCGACAGACUAAUGGGGGUCAUCUGUGUUAAAUACUUAUUAUUGACAGGCACAGUCGACGACUCUUCUCAAAACAACGUGGACGUCCACAGACUAGAGCAAGACGCUGAUUCGGGAGGUAGCGACAAGACUGACAGGCACAUUUUCCUAGAUUAUGCGGCAAAGAAUUGGUGUCUCCAUUUGCGCGAGGGCUGCGUUGGCAGCGAUGAUGCAAUAGUUCCUCUCGCUGCGAAACUUUGUGAUCCAACUUCAAAAGCCAACAUGGUGUGGUUUAAAGUUUAUCAAAGGACUAGGUCACAUAUUAUGACUCCCGGGGCCUGCACAAGUCUGGUGCUGGCGGCAUACUUUGGACAUACGGCGGUGGUUAGACUACUCCUUCACCAGGGAGCUGACACUGAGUCCAGAGAUGCAAAGUACGGCUGGACGCCGCUGUGGUGGGCAACCGUGAACAGAUAUGCGGCCGUCAUCAGCUUGCUGCUCGACAACGGGGCGAAUACAGAGCCGAAAGACAGAGACCAUGGCCUGACACCACUCUUGCUGGCUUCUAAGCAAGGACAGCUGGCUAUCGUGAAGCUCCUUCUUGACAAAGGUGCGGACAUUAACUCAAAGGACUCUAAAUACGGUCGAACAGCUCUUUCAUGGGCAGUGAUGAAUGGAUAUACCUCAAUCGUCGAGCUGCUUCUAAAUACAGGGGCCAAAGUCAACAUGAAAGACUGCGACCAAGGUCAAACGCCACUUUCACUGGCCGCUGCCAAGGGUUCUGAGGCUAUUGUAAAGCUGAUUCUUGGUGUGGCAGAAGUUCAUGUUGAUACCAAAGAUCAGAAUGGCGAAACGCCGCUGUCGUGGGCUGCUUCGAACGGGCAUCAUGCUGUGGCCGAACUACUCAUUGAUACAGGCAACGCUGACGUCAAUGUGAAGGGUGCCUACCUUCGAACGCCGCUUUUAUUAGCAGCUUGUAACGGACAUAUUGCAAUGGCCAAGCUACUUCUAGACAAGGGAAACGCCGACAUAAACGCUGCAGAUGAGGGCGGCUGUACACCCCUUUCGUUGGCCGCUCAAAAUGGAAACGUGGACAUAGUCCAGCUUCUUCUAAAUACCGGCGGAGUAAAUGUCAACGCAAAAGACACCUUUGGGGGAACCGCCUUAUCACGUGCAGCGGAAAAUGGCCAUCCGGCCGUAUUGAAGUUGCUCCUUGACACUGGAAAUAUCGACAUUGAUUCCAAAGAUGUCAACGGUUGGACUGCCCUCUGGUGGGCUGCGGAGAAUACACAUGAAGCCAUUGUUGAACAACUGCUCCACACGGGAAAGGCUCACGCCGAUGUAAAGGAUGCGUAUGGCCGAACGCCUCUCUGGUGGGCUGCUCAAAACGGACAUGCAGCAAUCGUCAAACUGCUGCUAGGAGUGGGCGGCGCCGACGUCAAUGCCAAGGAUGUCUAUGGCCGCAUCCCGCUCUGGGGGGCAGCGCGAAACGGCCAUGAAGCUGUGGUAAAGCUCCUUCUCGACACGGACAUGGUUGAUAUCAAUGCAGAGGAUGCUGAUGGCAGGACACCACUCUGGGCUGCCAAGAAUAGGCAUGAGGCUGUGGUCAAACUGCUUUGCGACGGUGGUACGGCUAACAGCACACCAAACAGUCGGGACAUUUGGACGCCUAUUUGGGAUACAGCAGGACGUCACUAUCAAUCACAGAUCACAUGGGCUGUGCGGAACGGAUUUGAGGCUCUGGUACGGUCGACCCUGCCUCGCGUGCGAACACGCGAUAUUAACAUGCUGGUUGAUGGCGGUGGAACAAUGCUGUGGUGGGCAGCGCGCAACGGACACGAGGCCGUAGUUAAACUGUUUCUCCGCAUAGAUAAUGCUGACGUUAAUGCAAUAGGCAAGUAUGGGGGGACACCGCUUUACUGGGCUGCCCGGAAUGGGCACGAGAUGGUGGUUAAGCUGCUUCUCGAUACACAGAAAGCCGAUAUUGAUGCAAAGGAUGUUGAGGGCCGGACAGCGCACUGGUGGGCUGUUGAGAAUGGGCACGGGGCGGUGGUUAAGCUUCUGCAGAGUAACCGAUCCUUUUUUCGCGUCGAUACGUCUUGA